CCCUUAAUUGAUCAAGAGAGAGAUCUUCGAAAGCAAUUAAGAUGGAGCAGACCUUCAUCAUGAUCAAGCCUGAUGGCGUCCAACGCGGCCUGAUUGGUGAUGUCAUCGGGCGAUUCGAGAAGAGAGGUUUCUACCUGAAAGGGUUGAAGCUUGUAACCGUGGAGCGGUCCUUCGCUGAGAAGCACUACAAGGAUUUGUCGGCGAAGCCCUUUUUUCAUGGGUUGGUGGAGUACAUCAUCUCCGGUCCGGUAGUGGCUAUGGUUUGGGAGCGGAAGAACAUUGUUGUGACUGGUCGGAAGGUGAUCGGGGCUACCAACCCUUCUAACUCAGAACCCGGGACUAUUCGCGGGGAUCAUGCAAUUGAAGUUGGGAGGAAUGUAAUCCAUGGAAGCGAUUCAGUUGAGAAUGCCAGGAAGGAGAUCGCUUUGUGGUUUCCAGAAUGUCUGUCAAACUGGCAAAGCAAUCUCCACCCUUGGAUUUGCGAGUGA